AAAGCGGGAGCGAGCGCAGACGGGAACGUCAGGGAAAAGUGGAACAAGGCGGAGAAAGUGUGUAGUUAGUGCGGAUACCUUGCUAGAAGUGUCGUAACUGAUGACGGUGUAGUGUCCACAGGGAAGUCGAGGCGAAAAGAUAAGACGAAAAGUUUAUGGAAUUAUACCCUCUCCACAAUUGCUUACUUUGACAAAACAAGGAUUAUUACAGCCUGAAGACAAGUUUUGCUUUCAGCGAGUAAAACGAGCCACUGGCCUUCUGAAACGAGAAGCAACCUGUUCCGACUCGCUGAUCCACGGAACGAUAGAUUCAGGUGGUUGGAGAUUACUUGUACCUGGCGUUAGGAGGAAACACCAAACCAGUAGUACGGUGGGCCAUGCAGAGCCAGCCUGUGUCCCUGCAGAGGUGAGCUCCAGCACCAGCCAACGUUUUCACCGUGAUGGCAGCAGAGCGUGAUGGGCGAGGGUGUGAGCUGCCCAUCGCCCCGGGCCAGGUGUACAUCGAGGUGGAGUAUGACUACAAUUACAAGUCCAAGGAGCGUCAGGUCUCCAUCCACCAGGGAGAGUGUUACAUGUUGGUGAAAAAGACCAACGGGGACUGGUGGCAGGUCAAGAAGGAGGAGGGGGCCAAGGCGUUCUAUGUCCCAGCGCAGUACGUCAGGGAGGUCCGCAAGGCCCUCAUGCCACCUCCCAAGCCCCUGCACCUGGGGCAUCACCGUGGGGGGAGCGGGGGAAACCCUGUGCGGAUCAAACCCAUCGUCCUGGAGAUGGACAGAUCUAACGAGAGCCUGAAUGUGACCAGUUUCAGUCGGCCCUCUCCCUCCUCACCUUCUCCCUCCUCCUCGUCGGGGGCAGCCCUCACCCCUCCGAGGCAGCGCAGGGACAGGGAUGCCAACCAGAACCCUGGUAGAGACCCUGGUAGCCCCACUGACUACGACAGGGCCUUGGUAGAUGUCCUCCAAAACACUCACGCUCCUGGACGGGGAUGUAACACGCUGCCCCGUGCCCGUGCAACCUCCCCUGAGCUCCGCAGGGCGCCCCUGGAUGUGGACAUGCCUCCAGGGCACUGUGACUCGGAGGGGUCGGAGAGACGCAACGACUCAGAGUCUGGAGAUGAGCUGAGCAGCGGUUCUAGUGAACACUUGCAGACUGUCUCUCUGCCGGGUCAGGGUGGUCGUCCUGAGUCUCCUGUCUACACUAACCUGCAGGAGCUGAAGAUCUCUGGGACCAGCCUGCCCCCCGACCCCUCCAACUUCCCACAGCAUGUCCUGGGGGACUGGGAGGCCCACAAGGACCAGAGCGGCAGACCGUUCUACUUCAACCGUUCCACCCAGGAGAGGACAUGGAAACCUCCCCGAGCCAGAGACGCCAGUAGUGGCAGCAGCCGGGGGGAAUCCCACAGCAAUAGCACUGGGGAGACGGAGACGACUCCGCCGCUCUCUCUCUCCCCGUCCUUCCUUCCUCUCCUCUCGCUGUCCAUUAGUCCGUUCCAGCCUCUGUUGUUGGAGGACAACUGCCACAGCACGUAUUCUAGCCAAUCAGACAGCCAGUACGGCUACCCGCCCCGGGGUUGGUCAGAAGAGCUGGAUGAGCAUGGACACACUCUGUAUGUCAGUGAUUAUACUAAUGAGAAGUGGAUAAAGCACGUGGAUGAACAGGGUAGACCAUACUACUACAGUGCUGAUGGCUCCAGGUCAGAGUGGGAGCUGCCCAAGUACCAACACUCCCCCCCUCUACCUGGUGGAGGAGACCGGACCCCUAAGAGCCACAGUCUGGAUAGGAAACAUGUGGAGCCCAUCGUCCUGACCAAGUGGGCAAACAGCAGCAACGUGCUGGACGCCAACGACAAGCGGCUCACCAAAAACAUCAGGCGUUUCCGUACAGGCUCUGGUGGCCCCCACCCCUACAGACAGACACAAGACGGUGCGUUGGGCCCCAUGGUCCCUGGCUCUCCAGACUCUGCCUCCUCAGGCCCCUCGUCCCCCAAGUCCCCUACCUCCCCUUCAGAGAAGUGUGGUAUUCUCAACGUGACCAAGAUCACUGAGCAUGGAAAGAAAGUACGGAAGAACUGGACGUCAUCCUGGACGGUUCUCCAGGGCUCCUCGCUGAUAUUUGCUAAAGGCCAGGGGGGCGGGACCAGCUGGUUUGGAGGGAACCAGUCUAAACCAGAGUUCACUGUUGACCUGAGAGGAGGAUCUAUAGAAUGGGCUUCCAAGGACAAGUCCAGCAAGAAGCAUGUCAUUGAGGUAAAAACCCAUCAGAGUACAGAGCUGCUGAUCCAGUCAGAGAACGACGGCGUCAUCAAUGACUGGUACAGGGCACUGAUGGACACCAUCAGCACACACGCCUGGGAGUCAGAUGAGGCCCUAGAGGAGGACAUGCCAGAGUCUCCUGGAGCAGAGAAACAAGACAAGGAGAAAGAGCACAGAGACUCUAAGAAGAGCCGAGCCAUGAAGAGUUCCACCAGUAUGGACGCGUCGGACAACAAGAAGACCAGAAUCAAGCUGAAGAAGUUCCUGACACGUAGACCCACUCUGCAGACAGUCAGAGACAAGGGCUACAUCAAAGACCAGGUGUUUGGCUGCAGUCUGAGUGACCUCUGUCAUAGAGAGAACACGGCCGUGCCAAGCUUCGUUACGAUGUGCAUCGACCACGUGGAAAACAACGCUCUGAAUGUGGAUGGGCUGUACAGAGUGAGUGGGAACCUGGCUGUCAUCCAGAAACUACGCUUCGCUGUCAAUCAUGAUGAGAAGGUGAACCUGGAGGAAGGGAAGUGGGAGGACAUCCAUGUGAUUACAGGAGCGUUGAAGAUGUUCUUCAGAGAGCUGCCUGAACCCCUCUUCACAUAUGGAUUAUUCCAUGACUUUGUCAACUCCAUCAAGAUCCCAGACAACAAGCAGCGUGUCCAGUCCAUCAAGGAGCGGGUCAAACAGUUGCCAAAACCCAAUCAGGACACUAUGCAGGUCCUCUUCAAACACCUCAGGAGGGUGAUUGACCACAGCGAGGAGAACCGUAUGACGACCCAGAGCGUGGCCAUAGUGUUCGGCCCCACCCUCCUCAGACCCGAGACAGAGACGUGGAACAUGGCGGUCCACAUGGUCUAUCAGAACCAGAUAGUAGAGCUCAUCCUGCUGGAGUACGAGGGCAUCUUUAGGUAGACACCAAAGGGGUGACCUUUCCCCUGGGUACAGAUCUAGGAUCAGUUUCCCUUCCCACCCAAUCAUAACCUUAACCAUUAGUGGAGGAAAUGCUAAACUGACCCAAGAUUAGCGUCUAGGUGCAACUUCACCCUACACUGGUAGAGACGGGAGGUGAUGUUCACUAGGAACGACACGGAAGCUAACGGGAUGAAGCGGAGAGGGACUACGUAAACUUGUCCAAUAAGAAACGCUUGUUUUCGUUUUACGUUGUCAAAUACUUCGUAACGUUGUGCCGUAAUGACUCCAACCCAGGCCUCCUCUCUGAACACCAUCACCACCAUGACAAUGCAGAGCUCUCAACCCAACCCAGGAGAGACCGGUCCAACUCACCUCCCUCUAACCCGAAGUCAUUCACACCUCAGAAUCCAUCUCCCGCCAACCAAACCUGUAAAACAAGGACUUAUUAUACACAACCAAUAAACCCAAGUUGAGACUCUUAGUAGCCAACAUGGAAGAUGCUUCCCCCUACUGCUCCUCUCUCCAUGGCUGCUUUGUGGGACUUAUUAUACACAACCAAUAAACCCAAGUUGAGACUCUUAGUAGCCAACAUGGAAGAUGCUUCCCCCUACUGCUCCUCUCUCCAUGGCUGCUUUGUGGGACAUUCUGCAAAAGCCAACAUCCAAUCCUGACUGUCCAUUCACAGGAUUACUAUGACCAUCGUAAAUGAUCCUCUCCUCUAAAGUACAGACUCUCUCCUCAGUGAAGCAGUCCGUUCUACACACUGGCUGUGUCUGACGUGGCUCACUACUCACUAUGAAGUGCACUACUUCUGGCCAAAGGUAGUGCACUAUGUAGGGAAUAGGGUGCCAUUUUGGGACGCAGGCCACCGACUCAUGGUUUUACUUCAACCAUCGUACCAAAACUAUUCUGCUUCUCUGGUUUUCAGAAGAAAUCUUCUCCAAUCAGUCAGAUUUCAACUUGAAAAUACAGAACUGGUCCUCUGACUGAUGGUGAAUAUAAGGCAACCAUUCAUAAAUUAACGUUCUGUUGAAUAAUAUGUACAGCUGUAGUGUGUUGUGUCAAAUGGCACCCUAUUCCCUUUGUAGUACACUACUUUUAACCAGAGCUCUGAUCAAAGGUAGUGCACUAUAAAGGGAAUGAACAGGGUAACAUUUUGGACGCGUGUGUGUGUGUGUGUGUGUGUGUGUGUGUGUGUGUGUGUGUGGACGGGGGAUUGACUGACUGGAAAUAUGUUGUACAGAUGUUUGAUAGUAAUUAUGUCUUGACGGUGAGUGUUAGAAACUUGGGGAAACAAUCACUAACGUAUUAAGAUUCGUUCCAUAACGUAGACUGAUUGUGUAAAAAAAAAAAUUAUAAUAAUCAUUUAGGGUUGAAAAAUUCCGGUAAUUUUCCUAAAAUUCCCAGAUUUCCCCCAAAUCACUGUUGGGAGGAUUCCCUGGAUAUUCUGCAUAUUCACUCCUGAUCCAGGAAAUAUUCCAACCAGGAUUUCUGGAAAACCUGGGGAAUUUGGGGAAAGUUAAUGUAAUUUAGCAACCCAAGAACUACUUACUAUAUGACCUGGGGUUGUGGAAGUUUACCUGAGUUGUGGGUAAAUGACACAUUCUGAAUGUAAUUAUUUUCCAAACUAACUGCUGUUCAUGACUUCUUUGUCUAAUUGGAAUAAAGGCCUCCAUUGAGACCCUGUAAAACUCG